AUGACUACGGUAACCAACAACAUUCUGCAAGGAAAAAGUAUAGCCGAUACUGUUUCGAAAAUGGAAUCUGGCGAGUGUCUAAACAUGAACUCAAUAGAAAAUUUGUCAUCAUACCAUUGGAAACUACUAAAAUUGAAGGGUCGAUUGGAUACUAUUACCGAACGUAUGACAAAAAGAAAAAGUGGAACAUUGGAACCGUAUACUACAUACAUGGAUGAAGAUUCCACGGAUAAAAUUGAUAAAUUUUUGUUAAUGAGUCAAGUAAAACCAUUGGAGUCAGAUGAUGAUGAUAUGGACUUAGAUAAAAUUAUAUAA